AUGAAUGUGUUACGACAUGAUAUAUCACCACUUGAACAAGGCGAAGCUUUUUUUUUAUUGGUUCGAGAAAAAAAACGACUCAAACACGACAAAUUUCUACAAUCUUUGUCCUUAUACUUUAGUGAGCCCGGUGGUUUAGCAGAAAUGCAUAAGUAUUUUCUAGAUGAUCUGUUAAAAAUCGAACCCAAGUCAAUAGUGGCGCGCCCUUUAUGCAUUCUAUCAUCUGAUAUGUGGCUUUUGUCACGUCUUUCGGAGUUAGAUGUUCAAGGCGAUGAUAAAACAAAAAAUAAAUUAAAAAUACAAGUGGCAGCGGCAUUCAGAGCUAACGCUCACAAAACAAACCCACCUAUAAAGAUUGACGAGUUAAACUGGCAGUGUUUAGGAGCUAAAGCUGUCGCAAAUAAAGUAUUCGUAUAUAGAGCGAGGGAUCGUCAAAUGUAUCUUAAGAAAUUAUUAGAUUGGCGUCGCACUGCGAGGAUUUCGAUUCGUUUAGCGUAUGGGACUGAUCACGAUGUUGAUACUUUCUUACAAGCUUGUUCAAUAAGACCUGUAGCGGCUCUUAAAGUUGCUCUAUCUACAUACUUAACUGAAAAGGACGUCGACCUCCGCAUAUGGACUGCUGUUAAGUUAAUCAUGCUCAAUACAGAUUUUUUUAAAAAGGAAUAUUUAUUAAAAAAUAUAAAUAAUCUAGUCUAUGUGUCUCAAUCUAUACAGAUAGAUUCAUACAGAUACAUUCAUAGGCAAAUUCGAUUA